AUGCUGCCGUCAUUUUCACCUGUAACCCCAUUGAACUAAAAUGUGUUUGCAAAAAUACCUCAGCUUCGUGCUUCUAUUGAACCUCGGCAUGAUAAAUCAGGUCAGACGUUAUAAACCAUUUUAACGGCCAUAUAGCAUAGAUUUAACUAAAAUGCAGAUGUACUCUCACAUCGAGUUUACGAGCUUCAAGUGCGCGUCCAUGGAUAAGGACGUGGUCGACUUCGAAUACUGUUCUUUAAAAUCAGUUAAUCGAACUUAUCAACACAUCUCCGCCAAGGUAAAGGUGUUAAAAUUUCCCCUGAACAGCAUAAAGGUUAACUUUGGCUUGCAUCAACAGAUCCAAGGAUAUAAGCCCUUUCUUUACAACGUAUCUCUUGACGGCUGUCAGUUCAUCAAGAACACGAGGUCCAAUGCAGUCGCGAGAUACUUUUACGAUUUUAUUAAAGACACCUCCAACUUGAAUCAUUCCUGUCCAUACGACCACGACCUCAUUCUGGAUAAGCUUUCCUCCGAGGCCAUUAAUUCCCGACUCCCAAAAGUCCUGCCCUUCCCCACCGGAAACUACAUGUUUCAGACCUAUUGGAUGGUCAAUGAAAAGUACCGCGCGGUAACCAAGAUAUACUUUGCCUUUUAUAAUGGAAAAGUGCUACUCGAGACUAGAGGAAACAUUUAG